AUGACAAAGGAGAACCAGAUCCUUUUGAAGAACCGCAACGCAGCCUUCAGAUCUGGUGCUGCCAGACACAACCUGAAGAAAGGCAUCAGAUGUGCUAAAGCCGCAUACAAGAAAAGGAUUGAGGGACACUUCACCAACAGGAAUCCAGCACAUGUGUGGCAGGGCAUCCAGCACAUUACCAAUUACAGGAGCAACAAAGACCCACCUACAGACAACAAUGCCUCGCUGGCAGAAGAACUCAACUGCUUCUUUGCCCGCUUUGAGGUAAAAGGCGUCGCGCUGAGGGCUGUGUCAGCAGGAAAGAGGAAGUCAAAGGCCCCCAGGGCCUCAAAAGAUGGGUGGAGCCAGAGGAAUGUGAUCUCAUUGAGCAGGGACUUCACGGUGGAGACGGUUGUUGUGGCCGACGCAGACAUGGUUCAAUAUCACGGUGCAGAGACAGCACAGAGGUUCAUCCUCACAGUCAUGAAUAUGGUUUACAACAUGUUCCAGCACAAAAGCCUGUCUGUCCCACUCAAUGUCCGCCUUACUAAACUGGUCCUACUGCACAGUCGCCCUGAGAGCUUGCAGAUAGGGCACCAUGGGGAGAAGGCCCUGGACAGCUUCUGUCACUGGCAGCAACAAGAGUUUGGAACCCAUUACCUGGGCAACAACCUGGUCCCUGGAGGAAAGAAUGACCCACCUCCUGUGGAUGUUGCCGUGCUGAUAACCAGGACAGACUUCUGUGUCCACAAAGAUGAGCCGUGCGAUACUGUAGGAAUUGCGUACCUGGGUGGGACCUGCAGUGCCCUGAGGAAGUGCGUGCUGGCAGAGGACAAUGGCCUCAACCUGGCGUUUACCAUUGCCCAUGAACUCGGCCACAGUAUGGGUGUGAGCCAUGAUGAUGACCAUGACUCCUGCACAAGCCAAACCCACAUCAUGUCUGGGGAGUGGGUAAAGGGUCGCAACCCCAGUGACCUCUCCUGGUCUCCCUGCAGCCGUGAUGACCUGGAGAACUUCCUCAGGUCGAAUGCCAGUGCCUGCCUGCAACACACAGACCCACACAGUCACGUUGCCCCCCAUCCAUCUGCCAAGCUGCCUGGCAUGCACUACAGUGCCGAUGAACAGUGCCAGAUCCUGUUUGGCACCAAUGCCACCUUCUGCAAUGAAAUGGAGCACCUGAUGUGUGCUGGCCUGUGGUGUUUGGUGGAGAGGAAUAGCUCUUGCCAAACCAAGCUAGACCCCCCUCUGGAUGGGACAGAAUGCGGCACCAACAAGUGGUGCAGGGCAGGACACUGUGUCACUAAGGCGCCACUGCCCCAGCAUAUGGAUGGAGACUGGAGUGCCUGGAGUAGCUGGAGUGCAUGCAGCCGCACCUGUGGAACAGGAGUCCGUUUCCACCAGAGGAAGUGUGACAACCCACCCCCAGGGUUCGGAGGGAAGCUCUGCCUGGGUGGAAGCGUGGAGCACCAGGCCUGCGAAGCUGCGCCCUGCGCCAAGAGCCUGCCCACCUUCAGGGACCUGCAGUGCCAGUCACUUGAGCGACAUGCCAGCAAGAGGAGUGCCAAUAUGUGGACAGCCGUCAUCGAAGAUGAGAAACCAUGUGCACUCUUCUGCUCCCCCAUUGGGCAAGAUGAAGCAGUUCUGCUGGCAGAGCGGGUUCUGGAUGGAACGCCCUGUGGGCCAUAUGAGACGGACCUGUGUGUGAACGGGCAGUGCCAGAAAAUUGGCUGCAAUGGGAUCAUUGGCUCAGAGGCAGAGGAGGACCACUGCGGCGUCUGCAGUGGUGAUGGCCAGUCCUGCCGACUUGUGACGGGACAAUUCAAUCACACCACAGAGAUUGGUUACAUCGAAGCAGUGAUCAUACCAGUGGGUGCACGGAGAAUCAAGGUGGUGGAGAACAUGCCGUCCCUCAGCUUCCUGGCGCUGAAGGACUCUGCCAAGGGGUCCAUCAACAGUGACUGGAAGAUUGAGCUGCCUGGGGAGUUCCAGCUGGCAGGAACCACAGUGCACUAUGUGAGGCGAGGACUUUGGGAAAAGAUGUCUGCGAAGGGACCCACGAAGACACCCUUGCACCUGAUGGUGCUCCUGUUCCACAACCAGACUUACAGCAUCCACUAUGAGUACACUGUGCCACUCAGCCACUUGCCCGAGCAUGACACGGACCACCAUGAAGGGAAGCCGGACCACCUGUACCGCUGGACCCACAGCAGCUGGGCGGAUUGCAGUGUGGUGUGUGGAGGGGGUGAGAGAAAAACAGUUGUCUCCUGUGCAAAACUUGUCAAUGAAACAAUGACCCUUGUCAAUGACAGCCACUGUCACCUGGAAAGCAGGCCACUGCCAGAAGUCAUACGCUGCCACACCCACCCAUGUCCCUCACGGUGGAUGGUGGAUGAGUGGGGGGGGUGUUCUGUCACCUGUGGGGCAGGGCUGCAGCAAAGGGAGGUGGUGUGUGUGUCCCAGCUGCAGAAUGGGUCCUACAUUGGCACUCUGGACCUGUACUGCGCAGGGCCAAAACCCCCAACCACACACACCUGUGAGACCCAGCACUGCGACGUCCUCUGGGAGACCUCAGAAUGGACCAAGUGCUCCUCAGAAUGUGGGCAUGGCACCCGUAAACGCACAGUCACCUGCACAGACCCACAGGGCAGGUGUGACAUUGCCUCCCAGCCUACUGGCGAGGAGCCAUGUGAAGACCACACCCACUGCAAUGAGUGGAAGACAGGAGUCUGGUCUAAGGUGCUCAUACAAGGACAUACAGGGACACAUACAAAGGAGGUAGAUAACUGCAUCCUCUACCCCGAUACCCCCUACCGCGCCACCUUAGGCACUGGAACCACACAGGAGGUCUUCCACAGGGCUGGGACUUUCUCCAGACUAAGGCUCAAGUUGAACAUGUACCUGACCACACCACAGAGCUGA